AUGAAUAGGAAAGACUGGUUUGACAUGAUUAAUCAAGAACUUGAUGAUUUGAAAAGGAUUUCUGAUAGAAAAGCAACCAAAGAAUCCAUUAAACCAUAUCAAGCAUUUCCAAAAAAGCGAAAUAAACGAAGAGUCAAUUUUGUAAUGGAUAAAGCUCAGAUUGCACAAAAAUGCAGUCAAAAUGUUACAAAUCAGUUCUUAAAUUAUACAUUCGGCAUUGAUAUCAAAGAAGAUUUUACCAAUUUAUUUUCUAUCUUUAGCCGUGUAGCAAAAGCAAAAUUAGAUAACAUGGUAUUGAGUGAGUUCGCAAGCCAUGAAUAUGUUGACAUUCUUUUUUCAAGAGCAAGCAAUAAUUUUUCAACUCAAAUUACUGCUAAUACAGAAAUGUAUUUCAGUCAAAUUAAUACUCGCAUGAAUGCCCUAGAAAAGAAAUUUAACAAUUUUCAAGUUAAUAUUGAUUAUUUGUUAACUCAACUUGAAACAAGAAUUUUUGAAGUCAAAACGCAAAUCUACAAGCUUAGAAAUAGACACCAAAUAGAAGUGUCCACACCAGCAAAUGCUAGAAUCACUGAUGCUCGAAGUAGUAGUCAAAUAAGUUUUUUAUUAAAUCCGCAAGUUAGUACUACAGAAACUAAUAUACUAAUUAGAAAGGCUCAUGGAUUAGAUGACACUCCAUCAAUAUCUGAUGAAGAGCCAAUUACCCCUCGAUUAUAA